UUCCUCUUGUUUCGGAGCGAGAGGACCAGGGCAUUUUUGGCCCUCCAUCUAAAUCUUUAACCAUCCACCGGCUAAAGUAUCGAUAACUUUCGCCAGAAUGACCGAGCAGAUGACGUUAAGGGGGACCCUUAAGGGCCAUAGUGGAUGGGUGACCCAGAUCGCCACUACCCCCCAGUUUCCAGACAUGAUUCUGUCCGCGUCCCGAGACAAGACCAUCAUCAUGUGGAAACUGACUCGUGAUGAGACGAAUUACGGUAUCCCGCAGCGUGCUCUAAGAGGUCACUCUCACUUUGUGAGCGAUGUGGUCAUCUCUUCUGAUGGUCAGUUUGCUCUCUCUGGCUCCUGGGAUGGAACCCUGCGCCUGUGGGAUCUGACCACUGGCACCACGACCCGUCGUUUUGUGGGGCACACAAAGGACGUUCUCAGCGUGGCGUUCUCUGCUGAUAACCGUCAGAUUGUGUCAGGAUCGCGAGACAAGACCAUCAAGCUAUGGAACACCCUGGGAGUGUGCAAGUACACCAUCCAGGAUGAGAGCCACACUGAGUGGGUGUCCUGCGUUCGCUUCUCCCCCAACAGCAGCAACCCCAUCAUUGUUUCCUGCGGCUGGGACAAGAUGGUGAAGGUGUGGAAUCUGGCCAACUGCAAGCUGAAGACCAACCACAUCGGUCACACUGGCUACCUGAACACCGUCACCGUGUCUCCCGACGGCUCCCUGUGUGCAUCUGGAGGAAAGGACGGUCAGGCAAUGUUGUGGGACCUGAAUGAGGGCAAACACCUGUACACUCUGGACAGCGGAGACGUUAUCAACGCCCUGUGCUUCAGCCCCAAUCGCUAUUGGCUCUGUGCUGCCACCGGCCCCAGCAUCAAAAUCUGGGACCUUGAGGGGAAGAUCAUUGUAGAUGAGCUGAGACAGGAAGUCCUCACCACCAGCAAGGCUGAGCCGCCACAGUGCACCUCUCUGGCAUGGUCUGCUGAUGGGCAGACCCUGUUUGCAGGAUACACUGACAACUUGAUCAGAGUGUGGCAAGUCACUAUUGGAACUCGAUGAAGUCUUUUCUAAAGUUCAGUGGCUAAAUAAAAGUCUUUUUAAAAUGAAAA